AUGCUAUACAAUGAAUUGACCGCAAAGGAGCAUCUAUGGUUUUUCUACUUCAUGAAACGACCUAGAGCUAUAAAGCUGAAGGGUAAAUGGCGGACAGAAGCCGAAGUGUUGAUAGAAAGUCUUGACAUGGAUAGCUUUAAAGACCGGCUUGUUUCACAACUAUCGCCAUGUCAAAAACGCAAACUCAACGUGGCUCUAGCUUUUGUUGGGGGUAGUCGUAUAGUAUUUUUGGACGAACCAACUAUAGAUAUGGAUCAAUCCGCAAAAGAAUGUUUAUAUGAGCUUGUCAGACAGCAAAAGGACUGCAGAACAAUAAUGGUCUCAACACAAAAUAUGGAGGACGCCGAGGCAAUGGGCCAGCAGCUAUAUGUCAUGUACAUGGGCCGCACUAUUUGCAGUGGUGAUGUGAACUUCAUCAAAUCAUCGUAAGC